UGCGUUAAUUGGAGUUUAGAGAGUUAAAAGUAGAUUGCCAAUUAUAAAUAGCGUGGGAUCAAGCCAAACCCGAAAGCCGUACAAAAGGUUCGCACAAAAGGUUCCAAGUUUAUCGAUGCUGGUCACUGGGCAGUGAUCACUACGAUCUCUUCGACUUCUGCAAUUUACUCGAUCAAUUAAAUGGCGUCAAUCUCUUCCAGCCUUCGCACUGUCGAAGAUAUCUUCAAGGAUUACAACGCUCGACGCACAGGCCUUGUGCGAGCCCUCACUUAUGAUGUUGAUAUGUUCUACUCGCUUUGCGAUCCUGAGAAGGAGAAUCUGUGUUUGUAUGGACAUCCGGAUGAGUCUUGGGAGGUGACUUUGCCUGCCGAGGAAGUUCCAUCCGAGCUCCCUGAGCCCGCGUUGGGGAUCAAUUUUGCAAGAGAUGGGAUGAAGCGCAGAGACUGGCUUUCGCUGGUGGCUGUGCACAGCGAUUGUUGGUUGCUUUCAGUGGCGUUCUAUUUUGGUGCUCGACUCAACCGCAAUGAGCGGAAGCGGCUGUUUAGUAUGAUUAAUGAUCUACCCACUCUAUUUGAAGUUGCGUCUGGAAGGAAAGCUGUUAAAGACAAACCCAGUAUGGAUAGUGGAAGUAAAUCCAGAAACAGCACAAAGAGAUCACUGGACGGGUCGAUUAGAAACAGCAAUCCAAAGCUACUGGAUGAGAGUUAUGGAGAGGAGGAGGACGAGCAUGGUGAUACUCUGUGUGGGAGCUGUGGAGGGAACUACAACGCAGAUGAGUUUUGGAUUGGAUGUGACAUAUGCGAGAGGUGGUUCCAUGGAAAAUGUGUGAGGAUAACACCAGCCAAGGCAGACAAUAUCAAGCAAUACAAAUGCCCCUCUUGCAGCACAAAGAGAGGAAGACAGUAGCGCGCCGAGACAGACACCAUCAUGUAAAGCACACAUUUUGUGGGAGUUAACCUUUAUGUCUUGGAAAAAACUGUUGGUAGGGGAUUUACUUGUGAUGAGGGUUUAUAGGGUGGGUUAUAAAGUUAACACUCUAACGGAUACGUAAGCAUGAGUUGAAGCUAGUUUUCUUUUCUUUCGUUCGUUUUUUUAUUCAUACAUGUUCCUCCUCGUAUAGUUUGGUGUUUGAAGAUUGAUUGAUCUUUCCUUCGUUUUAAUGAUAUGAAUGAAAU